AUGAUUCCACUCCUCUUUCUCUCUACGUUUCUUUUCAUCCUCAGUGCCCCCGCUGUACCGGUGUCCGAGCAGCGCCCUUUAGGCCCCAACAAAUUUGAUGCAGACGAGGAAGUUGCUGACCGUCCGACAGAUGUGCACCCCGAUCUCUAUUACACACCCGGAACCUCCGCGAACAAGGCGUGCCACCGCGGUAAAGGCACUGUGGGCUACUUCGGAGCGCAAGGUACGGAAUGCGACUCCCCUUUCACCCUGGUCAACGAGACCUUUCGAUGGAUAGAGGAGAACCUGAAAGACCAAAUCGAUUUCGUGAUUUGGACCGGGGACUCCGCCCGCCAUGACAACGACGAGGCCAUCCCACGGACAGAAGAUCAAGUGGUACACUUGAACGAAAUCAUUGCGGGUAAUUUUAUCGAGGUAUUUUACAAGAAAGACUCACCGCGUGGCCUUUCGAUCCCUGUGGUGCCUACCAUCGGAAACAAUGAUAUUAUGCCGCACAAUAUCCUCAAGGCUGGCCCAAACAGAUGGACCAAGAAGUUUUCCGAAGUGUGGGCCAGAUUUAUUCCCGAGACUCAGCGACAUACGUUCGUGGAGGGCGGAUGGUUCACGUCGGAAGUCAUACCUGGCAAAUUGGCUGUUCUCAGCUUGAAUACAAUGUACUUUUAUGAGUCGAAUUCCGCUGUCGAUGGGUGCAAGUCCAAGUCGGAACCAGGCUUUGAGCAGAUGGAAUGGCUGCGCAUACAACUUCAGAUGCUGCGGACUCGACGGAUGAAAGCCAUCUUGAUGGGGCAUGUUCCUCCGGCGAGGUCAGGGGCGAAGCGGAGCUGGGAUGAGACGUGUUGGCAGAAGUACGCCCUAUGGCUUCAUCAGUAUCGGGAUGUUGUGGUUGGCAGCGCGUACGGGCAUAUGAAUAUUGAUCAUUUCAUGUUCCAGGAUAGCCAUAAAGUGAAAAUCGCCGACACCACUAAGUACUCAGCAUCCUCGGUGCCUGGAGGCUCCUUGGGGAAGAUUUCAAUUUACUCUCGCUCAGCCUACCUAUCCAGUCUUAGGGAAGACUGGUCUAAAUUACCCUCUCCCCCUCGUCAUGGGUGGCCGAGUGCAGAUCUCCUAGAGGAGUGGCUCGAGGAAGAUACUCUCGGACCGGACGAGGAUAGCCGUGAUGUGCAAACAGCGAAGAAGAAAAAACGCUUCCUGAAGAAGAUUGGCGGUCCGUGGGCAGAACGAUACAGUGUGUCGUUAGUGUCUCCCAGUCUGGUUCCGAAUUAUUUCCCGACGCUGCGGGUUGUGGAGUAUAACAUUACCGGAUUGGAGGAUGCGGUGGCUUGGACCGAUACUUCAGACGAGGAUAUUAAUAUCCAGAUGUUUUCUGAUACAGCCGACGAUGAUGUCUCUCCGAAGACUAAGAAACGGAAGAAAAACAGGUUUAAGGUCCCAGAGCCUCCGUCAGCGUCUGCUCCACCAGGGCCGGCAUAUUCGAAUCAACCGUUGACUUGGUUGGGCUAUACACAAUACUUUGCCAAUCUGACUAGAAUUAAUAAUCAGAUGUCUAAGGUCUCCGAGUGGUCGGCGGACACCGAAGCCAAGGACAAUGUCUUUUCCUUUGAAGUCGAAUACGAUACGAGAGAUGACCAUAUCUACAAGAUGAAAGAUCUCACUGUGCGCAGCUUCUUCAAACUGGCAACGCGAAUCGCAGAGAAUUACUCCGCCAAAAGCGACAGCUACAACCAAGCUGCAGGGAGGGGGAGAACGCAGUCUAAAAAUCCAGUAUGGAGAGCUUUUCUGAAGCGAGCUUUUGUGGGAUUUCUGAGCAGGGACGAACUUGACGACAUUGAGACAUGA